UAGCAACGGCCUGGCCAUCAGCUCCCAACAGUGGACUGAGAGAGUGAAUUCCACCUCAGCUCCUUUGCAAUCACUUACAAACACCACCAAAUCACCAGCAACAUGCCUGCCCCCCCGAAGCAGAGAAAGAUGGCCAUUGUCGGCAGUCGAGCUGUCGGCAAGUCGAGUAUGACGGUGCAAUUCGUCGACGGCCACUUUGUGGACAGCUAUUACCCCACUAUCGAGAACACGUUCAGCAAGAUGAUCAAGUGGAAGAAUCAGGACUUCGCAACAGAGAUCAUCGACACUGCUGGCCAGGAUGAGUAUAGUAUUCUUAACUCGAAGCACUUUAUUGGUAUCCAUGGCUAUAUGAUCGUCUACUCGGUUGCAAGCAAGCAGAGCUUUGAAAUGGCACGCAUCAUCCGCGACAAGAUCCUCAACCACCUCGCUGUCGACUGGGUCCCACUCGUCAUCGUGGGCAACAAGUCCGAUCUCCGCCCCGAGCAACGCCAGGUCACCCCCGAGGAUGGCAAGCAGCUCGCACAAGAAUUCAAGUGCGGCUGGACAGAAGCCAGUGCGCGGUACAACGAGAAUGUUGAGAAGGCCUUCCAGCUCUUGAUCGAGCAGGUGGAGACUAGCCAGAAUCCUGGUGAGCCCACUGGCGGCAAGAGUGGGUGUCAGGUCAUGUAGAAAUCAUGACUGACAGUGCUUUCCUCCAGGUGUACCGGCGGCACCGUGGUGUGACAGUGUAGAGGAGGAUAAGACAGACCGCAAGAAGAAAGGCUGGAAGAGAUGUGUGCCGGACGACUGUACGUCUUCAUGAAGGGCUGGGUCAAGGGUCUAG